AUGCCGGAAUCAAAAGAAAAGAAAGAAUCCGAAAAGUUGCGUAAAAGUAGGGAAUCUGUUAGAAAUCGUCUCGAUACCUUCGCAAAAUACGUUGAUAAAAUAGCUAUACCGGGGUCGUCGGAUAAUUUGCCGGUCACCGAACUUUCAGUCAGAUUAGAUCGUGCUGAAACAAUAAUAGAGGAAUUUGAAGUUGUUCAGGCAAAGGCAAAAGAGCUUCUGCAGCCUAAGCCUAUUAUAUGUAGCAACGAAAAUGCAAAUCAAAGUUUAGUUUCUGAUCGUAAUAGCUCAUUCAAUUCAGGGAUAAAGCUCCCAACCCUUCAUUUGCGUCAAUUUAGCGGGAACUAUUCAACCUGGUUAGAUUAUCAUGAUUGCUUCGAUACAAUAAUCGUUAAAAAUAAUGAUAUAAGUGACAUUCAGAAAUUUAAUUAUUUAAAAUCAUCCCUAUCGGGGACAGCUGAAAAGAUAAUAAAUUCUAUUAAGGUUUCUGCAGCUAAUUUUACAGUGGCGUGGAAGCUUCUUUGUGACAGGUAUUCUAAUGAGCCUUUACUAAUCCAUAAUCAUAUCAAGUCCAUUUUUAAUCUAAAAGUAGUUAAUCGUGACAGUUCUAAGUGUCUCCAACAUCUAAUUGAUGGAUUAACUAGCAAUCUGCGAUCUCUAGAAUCCUUAGGGGAGCCAGUAAGUACUUGGGACUCAAUCAUGAUUUUUAUAAUUCUAGAAAAACUUCAUCCUGAAAUUGUCACAGAUUGGGACAAGGAGAGUCGAGGUAAUGCCCCUACGUCGGUAAAACCUACUCUCGAUGAUCUUCUAAAAUUCUUGCAGCAUCGAGCUGAUACUUUAGAAAAGUUCGAAGCAAGAUCUAUCAAGGGAGGUUCUAGUUCCAAAGAUUAUUCUCAUUCUUCAUCUCAUAGAUCUAAAACUAGUACAAGUCAAUCAUUCAUCAAUAAUGGAGCUUCUUCAGAUCUGUGUUCACAUUGUAAUGGUCCUCAUAAAAUGUCAACUUGUACUUCUUUUCAAAAUUUAGAUGUGCAUGCGCGCAUGCGUGAGAUCAAAAGGGUACGAGCGUGUUUUAACUGUUUAUUUAUAGGACACCUAAAUACCAGUUGCAAGUAUGGUAAGUGCAAGAAAUGUGGGAAGAAGCAUCAUACGCUUCUCCACAUUAAUGCAGAAAAUAGCAAUUCCCCAAAUGAUACUCAAUCCGUUUCUUCGGAUAAUCAAACUCCACAAACAUUGUCAUGCCACGCAGUUCAGAAUUCGUUUGCACUGCUGUCAACUGUCACAGUCCUAAUUCCAGAUCGGUCUGGAGUUAAACAUAAUUGUAGAGCCCUUCUGGAUAGUGGUUCUCAGUCACAUUUUGUCACGUAUAGUCGGGUUACCAAAUUGGGUCUCUCCAAGGAACCUGCCGACAUUUCAGUGGUCGGUUUUUGA